AUGAGUUUUACCGGUGGAAGAGAUCAUCAAUUCAACAGAAACAACAUGGGCAACAGCCACGGUGAUUACCGUGGCCAAAGAGGCUCCGACAGAAACGGCUACAACAGAGGCGGUGACUUCCGUGGUGGUCGUGGUGGUUUUGGCCGUGGUGGUUCCCGUGAUAGCAGAAUCGAAUUGGUUGCUCCAAACUGGGAUGAAGAAUUACCAAACUUGCCAGUUUUCGAAAAGAACUUUUACCAAGAACAUCCAGACGUUACUAAGAUGAGUGAUGCCGAAGUAGCUCAGUUCAGAAAGGAAAACGAGAUGACCAUCACUGGUCACGACGUUCCAAAGCCAAUCAGAACUUUUGACGAGGCUGGUUUCCCAUCUUAUGUUUUGGAUGAAGUUAAGCAAGAAGGUUUCGACAAGCCAACCGGUAUUCAAUGUCAAGGUUGGCCUAUGGCUUUGUCUGGUAGAGAUAUGGUUGGUGUUGCUGCUACCGGUUCUGGUAAGACUCUUUCUUACUGUUUGCCAGGUAUCGUUCACAUCAACGCACAACCACUAUUGUCUCCAGGCGAUGGUCCAAUUGUGUUGGUGUUGGCUCCAACCAGAGAGUUGGCUGUUCAAAUUCAAAAGGAAUGUUCCAAGUUUGGUGCUUCUUCAAGAAUCAGAAACACUUGUGUUUACGGUGGUGUUCCAAAGUCCCAACAAAUCAGAGAUUUGCAAAGAGGUGUGGAAAUUUUGAUUGCCACCCCAGGUAGAUUGAUUGAUAUGUUGGAAAUUGGUAAGACCAACUUGAAGAGAGUUACUUACUUGGUUUUGGACGAAGCUGACAGAAUGUUGGAUAUGGGUUUCGAACCUCAAAUCAGAAAGAUUGUCGACCAGAUUAGACCUGACAGACAAACUUUGAUGUGGUCCGCUACCUGGCCAAAGGAAGUCAAGCAAUUGGCUGCCGACUACUUGAACGACCCAAUCCAAGUCCAAAUCGGUUCCUUGGAAUUGGCCGCUUCUCACACCAUUACACAAAUCGUCGAAGUCGUUACUGAUUUCGAAAAGCGUGACAGAUUGGCUAAGCAUUUGGAAACCGCUUCUCAAGACCAAGAAUCUAAGAUUAUCAUUUUCGCUUCAACAAAGAGAACUUGUGAUGAAAUUACUUCUUACUUGAGAGCUGAGGGCUGGCCAGCUUUGGCUAUUCACGGUGACAAGGCCCAGAACGAACGUGACUGGGUCUUGGCCGAAUUCAGAUCUGGAAGAUCUCCUAUCAUGGUUGCAACUGAUGUUGCUGCCAGAGGUAUUGACGUUAAGGGUAUCAACUACGUCAUCAACUAUGACAUGCCAGGUAACAUUGAAGAUUAUGUUCACAGAAUUGGUAGAACUGGUAGAGCUGGUUCUACCGGUACUGCUAUUUCCUUCUUCACUGAAGGUAACAAAUCACUAGGUACUGCUUUGAUCAAGAUCAUGAGAGAAGCCAAGCAAAACAUUCCAGAAGAACUAAGAAGAUUCGACAGAGGUUCUUACGGUGCUCAUCCAAGAUACGGUGGUGGCCGUGGUGGUCGUGGCUUCGGUGGUGGUCGUGGCCGUGGUGGUUACGGCGGUGGUCGUGGUUACGGUGGUGGUCGUGGCCGUGGUGGUUACGGUGGUAACAGAUCGUGGUAA